AUGAAUAAAAUGAAUUCUUUGGCCCCCUCCACUUAUACCAACAUUGUUAAAUCAAAUCAACAAGAAUUACAACCACAACAUCGACAAGAAUUACAACCACCGCCAAUACAACCAAUCGAAAUAUUAUUAGAUAAACGGCAAUUACAUCCACAUCGGCAAUAUCGAUUUCAAUUUCGAAAUCAAUAUAAUAAUGAUAUAGAAAUUAUAAGGUUACCUUUAAAGCAUUGGAUAAUUAAAGAUAAUCUAUAUAAUGAAAGUCUUGGUGGAUAUUAUACAAUUCAAGAAUAUACCACAAGAAUCAAAAAAUUCAAUGUCACCUCACGCAAACUUCAAUUUUACAAUAUAAUGAUACCUUUACUAUCAUCGACUAUAUUUUUUACAAUUCUAUUUGUUUUGGUAAAACCUUUUACGAACAAAAUAAUUUAUGGUGCUGCGUUAUUAAUAAUGAUUACUUUAGCAUUUUUCGAUUAUUGGUUCUUUAUUCGUAACGGAAGAUUGAAAACGAAAUAUUUAAAUAAAUUAUUAAGAAAAUAUAACAAAGAAGAUGUUUCAAAAAACAUUUAUUGGAAAAUAAUUAAAACUAAUUAUAAUCGAACUACUCAAUUUGUAAACAUUAAUUUAUUAAAAUCUUACAAAUGUUAUUUAAUUGGAUUAAAACCAUCACCUAUUUACGAAGAGAAAAACAUCCCAGUAAUAGUUGAUAUUCAUCAUUCAAAUGAAGAUGGUAUGAAUAAGGUGGAUAAGGUGGAUAAUAGGGUGGAUAAUAAAGUGGAUAAUAAAGUGGAUAAUAAAGUGGAUAAGGUGGAUAAACCACCAACUUAUUAUAAAAUUACGGGUUUCAAACGAAAUAAAGUUAAUAAUGAUGAUGAAGACUGUGAAUUCUAUGAAUUUUAUGAUAAAGCUCCUUAUGAGCAAAGCUAG